AUCUGGAAGACAGAAUUCCUUCCCAACAUCAAGAAAGAAAUCAGAAACGAACUGAAGACUGAAAUUGAAAAGGUAAACUGCCUGAUAACUAAUCUGUCAAAGCGUCUCGACCCGAUUCAGGGGGCAAUCGUCACAGCAAUUGAUCAGCGAUAAAUACGAUUCCGUUUUAAAGUCAAUGCAGUCGACCAAGAAACAGAUAAACGAUCUUAACAACUGGUGCGAAGCCCAAGACAACAAAAUCAACCAUCUUAAUGGCUCAGUCUACGAUGCCCAAGCAGCCAUAGACUCCAUCCAACAGUGCUCGAGGAGAGACUGCCUUGAAAUUUCAGGAAUCUUAGUAUUGCCUUUAGUUUCUCCAGCAAAUCUAACACAAAAAAUGGGCCAGCUCAUCGGU